AGACCUAACUGGCAAAGUGUGUUGGGAAUAAGAUAAGCAUAAUUUAUUUUGUGAGUGGGGAGGGUCCACACUUUUGCUUGUCAUUUUUUUUUCCUGUCAUAAGGAAGCCCACAUUUUUCAUAGGUGCUGGCAGACAAUGGAGCAGAUGUGAUUCACACCAGAGGAGCUGACUAAAAGAGUUAUUCGCUGCUUGCUUAGGAAACUGAGGAGUUGCCAUGUGAUGAGAUCUUAGUAGUACUGUGAUUAUAGGGUGCUUAUACUCUGAUCUGACUGAGAUAAUUGCUUGCAGUUUCCUAAAGGUUGUGAGUUUCAAGGAUGCUUUCCACGGGCCAUUCACAAAUUCUAACUGGAAUGUGUGUUAGUUGUUUGUACAGAGGGCUUUCAGAAUGGCCUAAAAUAGAAAAGAGAAGUGGGAUUUCUGUGUAAUAACAGCUAUCUUGUUAUGUUGAGACUUUUGGAAAGAUAAGCUGAAAACAGGAUCAAAGAGCACAGUCAACGAAUUUCUACCCUUUGUGCCGCUGGCUCUUUGUAUUAAAGUAGUGUACUGUAACUGUGCAGGUGCAGUAUCAUGUGGAUGGGUAGCUGCAUAUAGAGGUAGCAAUUAGAAACACUUAUGCUGCAGCAAUAAGGAGAGGAACAUAUUGGACUGGAUUUGAAUUGGUCAAAUCGCAAUAAAAAGAAGUACAGUAUUGUUAAAAUUGCACUGCAGACUACAGUUGCUGCAGCAGAACAGUUUGAAAAUGCUGAAAUUAAAGGCUUUCUGCUUGGAUUAUUGGCAGUUUUUAUGUCUUCAGCCUCUUCACGGUUUUUAUAAAAGUGUUGAGGGUGAGGCUCCAAGUAGUGAAACUGGCACAUCUUUGGAUAGCCCAUCUACCUACCAUCAAGGACCUAUAACACAUAGUUCAGCUAUAAGCCCAGACCAUUACGACCACUCUGCUUACGGGCUGUAUUCUGUCUCCCCUGGGCAACAAAGAUCCCGGAGACCUAAGCUUCAGCAUUCAACAUCCAUACUGCGAAAACAAGCAGAGGAAGAAGCUAUUAAAAGAUCAAGAUCACUUUCUGAAAGCUAUGAACUAUCUUCAGACCUACAGGAUAAGCAGGAAGAGCACACACCAACUGCUGCAGCUUCCUGAGCCUGAC